AUGGCUAAUCUUGUCAUGAACCCUGAUUUCAACACAAAUCCUUCUCAUCCUUUCUUUUUACACCUGAGUGAAAGUCCAUCCUUGAUUCUGGUAACACCACCAUUGGAUGGAGGAAAUUAUCACUCCUGGGCUCGCGGAAUGACAGUGGCUUUGAUUUCCAAGAGUACGAUCGAUUUUGUAAAUAGAAGCAUUAUUCCUCCAGAUCUUGAUGAUCCUGCUUAUGCAGCUUGGCAACGAUGUGACACAAUGGUCAUGGCUUGGCUGCACAGAUCUAUUUCUGAAUCCAUAGUGAAGUCAAUCCUGUGGAUAGAACUUGCUCGUGAUGUUUGGUUAGAUCUGCGAGAAAGGUUUUCUCAAGCAGAUGUGUUUAGAGUUUCAGAUCUGAUGGAGGAAGCUUACCGAUUGCAACAAGGAGAUGAAUCAGUAAGUCAAUACUAUACUCAACUCAAAACGGUUUGGGAUGAACUGGAGAAUCUCAAACCGCUUCCUAUUUGUUCCUGUCCUAUGCCAUGUGUUUGUGGAGCAAUUUCCAGAGUUCGUGAAUAUCGUGAACAAGAACAAGUCAUUCGAUUCUUGAAGGGAUUGAAAGAACAAUUUGCCCCUGUUCGAUCCCAAAUCAUGCUUAUAAGUCCUUUGCCAAGUGUUAAUCGAGCUUUUUCCUUGGUCUCUCAACAGGAGAGACAAUUUCAAUCUGAGAGUCAUGCUCUUGAAACCAAAACUUCACAUGCUUUCACUGUUACAAAUGCUCCAACAGGCAAUUACCGAAGAGGAGAUAUGUCUUAUGGAGGAAGAUUCAAUAAUGGAGGAAGAUACAACAAUGGUGGAAGGGGCAGAGGCCGCAGCAAUAGUGGAAGGUACUAUAAUGGUGGAAAUCAACCUAACCGCGUAUGUACUCAUUGUGGUAGGAGUAACCAUACUAUUGAAUCGUGUUACCAAUUACACGGAUUCCCACCAGGCUAUCGUACCUACAACAGAUCCCAAACUCCACAGACUGCACUUACUACCUCCUCUCAGAUUCAUGAUGCUGAUUCCCUUCAAGAACAUUCUGUUUCAUCAGAACCUCAUAAGCACAUAAGUCAACAUGAAUAUCAACACCUAAUGGAGUUGUUGCAAAGGUCUAAUCCAGAAGAACAGUCCAAUGUAACUCAAGCACAUGCCAGUAAUUUGGUUCAAGUUUCAAAUAUCAGCACAGCCAAAGGUACAUCAAAUUCACAAUGGAUCGUGGAUACAGGUGCAACAAACCACUUUGCUCACUCCAUUAAGGAUUUCACAUCUAUUCGUAAAAUUCAACCUUUGUCCAUAUACUUACCUAAUGGAUUUCAUGUCAUUGCACACUAUUGA